CAGAAAACGAGGGUUGGAAGCCACGGACGAGAGUGUUUCUUUGAAAAAUGGACCACACAUGUAAGUACUUAGCUCUGUAAGGUUAACCAGAUUGAGCGAGGUUGCCCGGGCUGAUCUUCAUGUUGUUGACAAAAGUUCUUCGCGCCGCCUAGUGUUGACAUUUCAAGAAAGAUCAUGGCAAAAAUCGAAGAUUUGCACUCCACCUAUGAAAACUUUAACUUCGAAGAUUCGCACGAGAGCCCCGGCUGUACAUCGUCCCCGGGCUUCAAUUACGUGCAGGAGCUGGACUUGAUUCUGACGGAGCUACGCGAUAUCAACGCAGCCAGAGGUGGUGGAGGUACUGCAAAUGAAGUUGUAGAGCAGAGCGCGGAACAAGGACCCCAUCCCCAGUUGGUGACGUCGUCAGCACCCGGGUCUUCUACGACCAUUAUGCCAGCAGCUCCUGUUUCGCCCAUCGACUCGGUUCCGGUCGAGCGGCAGCAACCGCAGCCACGAAGAACUCGCGGUACGCUCGAAGCCGCAGCCUCGUCAUCUAACGCGACGUCCUCUACUAAACUGUCGUCUGGCGACUUUGCUCCGAUCGUGACACAGGUGUGCCACAGUCCGAACGAUGCUGCAACGUACUUCGUCGUCCCGCCGGGUGCCGGUGCGGGUGUGAACAGCAAAAUGGAUCCGCAGAGUCACCAAACCUACAGCCUAGACGACGGAAUUGGCCGGCACAACAAGUUUCUGGAACUUUUGGCGAAUUCGUCGGCUGUGACAGGUGGAACGAAAGAGGCGCACAACGAAGAUGUCGUGCCAAGACCUGUCAACAUUUCUACUUCGGGCCAGGCUGGUGCAGGUGCAGUUGCUCUUGUCGGAGAUCAAGAUGCCAUGGUCGCUCAAGCGGCCGCAACUUCCACCGACUCCCUGUCCGCAACGUAUGGGCUCGAUGACGAUGUUUUUGAAACAGAAGAUCCAGAUUCGAUCGUAGCAAAGUCAAGCCUGAUUCCGGUUUCGAUCACUGCGGGUACCAUGCAGCUCUCUGCGUCUAGCAGCACAAACGAACCCAGCACCACCUGCCCAAGCAGCAACAACGUCUCGGACGCAGAGCACCAUCAUGGUACUAUGAUGUACCAAUCGCAAAAAUCGCUCGAGGAAAGCAGAGCGCUUAGGACGAAUACCCGUGGGGGCGCCGCGCCUUUUUCGUCCUUUGCAUAUCGGCACGGGCUGGCUGGAACCACCGUCGCAUCAUCUUCAAGUACUAGUGCUGGUGGCACGAGCAGCGCCGCGCCGGUAGUUGCUCUCGAUGUCAAUACGGGAACGGGAGGACAGCUGCACCUGCACACGGGAGCAGGAGGAAGGAAAACGGAAAGCGGUUCGGUUUUUUCGAGCGGCUGGGCCUCCAGUAGCACGUCAAGUUCCAAACAAAAUGAGGUCCUCGCAGCGCACACAAGAACUUUCGCUUCUUCAUCUUCAGGGCGAGCGGCGCAAGAGAAGCAGUCCGCCCAGCAGGCGUCUACGCCUCAACGGUCAGGCUCCUCCCGGCUACGCGUACGGCCGUCGAGCGGCGGAGUCUGGGAACACGAGACCGAGACGGAUGCUGCACCUGCUGCUCUUCCAUCCUCCAGCGACCUCCGAGAAAGUCGACGCCCACCGGAGCAGUCGUUGUCAGUGCUGUAUACGGAAGCGGUACCGAAGUGGAAGUUACUGUGGUUCUUGAUGCUCUCAAUUAUAUGAUACAGGGAAGUGUCUGCCCGCCCGCUGUUCAACUUCAUAUAUUUGUCUUUGGAUGGAAAAUUGAAAAUUCAAAUUGCGCAUAGUUGACCCCCUUUCAGUUACUAGCUGCGGAGGCAUAUUAAUAUAUCGUACAACACGACUACUACAGCGACCACCGACCUAUUCCGCUAUCGUACCAAGUUCUACGACUUUUGACGAUGAGGAAAUAACGGAACAAAGCCCGAACAAGCGUUGCCCGCCAGCAAUACGCAUGCCGGUGUCAUCAACCAAGUUUCACACGCCGUUGACCUUUACUCCCGACGAGCUGGUGGCACUUGACGUUCAGCCAGUGGCUGCACCUGGAAGUACGAGUAGCUCGGCGGCCCGAGGUCGAGCGGAAGCGGAACACUCUGGUGAUGCUUCGCGAGCCGUAGAUGAAGAUCUGGAUGUUGUAGAAGCUGAAGCGCACCCUUCGGAGCAGCUGAAGGAAAACGAGAGCUUCAAGAAGAUUCUGGAGCAGAUCGAGUCCACGCAAACGCGGUUGCACGAAAAGCUCGCGACGGCCAUGGCCGGAAUCGCACUGCAACCACCAACCGAGGAGGUGCCCGCCUUUCUGGUAGAACAAGAAUCAAGAACCCUGGUGGAUGAAGAAGUCUACGUUGCGGACAACGACCUGCAGGACGAGGCGGAAGAUGAACGCGACCUAGACAUAGACGUGCGAGAUCAAGCCGAAGUAGCACAGGCCGCUGCACGAGGACCCACGGAUUCAAGGUUCUUGUCGCCGCUGCAAGGCCACGUACAAUUGUGCGAGGAGAACAUCGAUUUGGCGGAAGCUGCCGAGAUGGACGAAACCGUAUCGCAAGAGGAACUGGCCGCGCAAAGAAGAAUUGCAGCCGAUCACUCGGCCGGCGGCAUUUCUAACCUGCACGCAAAGCCGCGUAGUGAUGCGAGAAACCGUGUGAUUUCUCCGUCGACGCCGCCGCUCGACGAGCAGGUAGACUUAGACAACUUCGUGGACCUACUUCACAGCGAUCAAGAAGGCAGGCCACGCGCCAAAUCAUCGCCAACAUCCCGUGCGGUCGUGCACGUUCCCAGAAUUGCCGGCUUUGAGCGCGUCACAAAUUCCGCCCAGAAAAGGCGCAGUAGUGCGGCUUCUUUGAAGAACUUUGUUUCUUCGUGGCUGGGAGGUGGCAGUAAGGCACUACUGCAUACGGGGCCAAGUGCCAGUACAGGGGCGACGGCGGCGAGUAAAGCAGCAGCGAACAAACCGCUGAACGCGCUGAAGGCAACAACUGCGGCAGCGGCCGCCAUGGUGACAACGGUUCCUCUAAGAAUAAAGUCGUCCUCCUCCUCCUCAGCUACGUCUCUGCUGGAUAAUGGGAACAAGCCGGACGAGAGCGCAGGUGUUGCCGAACAGGCCUCAUCACCUGCAGCAGCCGCGAGUCCGAGCAGUAGCCCAAAUGCACAUUACCACCUGAUCGAACAGAAGCAGGCGAACAAGAAGCUGCAGGCUGUGGCGGCGAAAACUCCCACUGCAACGGAACAGCCGCGCUUAACUGCGCCGCGCCCCACUCCUCCUAUGCCUCCAAGAAGUCCCGAGGAUAUAAUUUCGUCAAGCAGCAACAAGGCAGAUUCUUCGCACGGACUGGUUGAGAUAACAUCAACUGGAUUGAAGCCGCGUCUGCGCGCAGGUCACCGACCCCCACCUCGUGUGAAUGGGGGGCAGCAACAAGGUCCUCUUCAGGCUGCUGCAGGGACUUGUUCUCCUGCGCCGCGGCGGAAUAGCCUUCCAGUUUCCGGGAGGGGCAAUAAUUCCAGUGGCGCGAAGGUUUCAAGCCGUGGUAGUCGACCACCGAAUUCUGGUCGGCGGCAGUCGCUGCGGGGAAGCGCGAGCAAGCCUCGCUCCAUUUCUUCUCCCAACGGCUCGCGUCAGUCCAGUGUGGAUCCGUGCGGCCGGACAGCUCAACAGGCGGUUGCAGCUGUCGCAAGUACACCGAUGGUAGCUAGCAAGGAAGAAACGGAAGUGGUGGCGCGACUGGCGAGAUCCACUGCCAGUUCCGGAGCAAAGCGAAGCGAAUCUGCUUCCCGUCGAACAACCCGGGACCAGCAGCUUCGCACUGGUGUUUCCUCGAAAAAGGUAAAGGCCUUCAUGCCGGGCGGUGCGGCUAUCACGCCCAUCACCGGAGGGGACCAACAAAAGCUCGCGUUUGCGAGGUCGCGACAAACAUCUCCAGCUCUAGUAGCGAAGAAGUCGCCUCCGUCUGCAACGGGCAGUGGCAGUGCGGCACGGGCGACAAGAAAAAAUGGACCUAUUGAACAACAGCAACAAAACAAGAGAAGUACCAGCCCACCCAAGGUACUAGAACACACUCGGACAGCUGUUUUUCGUCCACAGCAGCACACGAAAAUAGCUGCCGGCGUCUCGUCCACAAAUGGUGCAGCUCAAAGCCCACCGCCUGAAGCGACGAUAACAGACCAGGUGGUAGCGAACGCGAUUGCGCCCCUGCCCCGACACCCAUAUCUUGUCCGCAAUGGAACCCGUGCGGCAUUGUUCGGGCAGCAUGCAUCGUCGCAGGCGUCAUCAAUGCGCUCCAUCCCACGUAUGAAAACUGAGAUGCAGCAGCUGGUGCACCAGGGACAUAAUUCACAACUAGCUCACAAAGUAGAAUGCCACACUGCUACCCCAGGGACUAGUGCCGGGGGAACCAGAUUUCAUCAGUCAUCGACCGGGAUGAACAGGAAGCCAGCGUCUGUCGGUGGAUUCGCAAAGAACAUUAGCCGAAUACCGCGCCCACCACCAGCACAUAAGCCAGCUGCACAAUCUCCCACAGUAGUUGCUGCAACAGGGGGGCCUGCGAACAAUGCUGCAAACAAAACGCGACGUCACCGAGACCGACCCGGAAAUUUCUUCGCGAGCAAAACAUCCGGCACCAGGAUUUCUUCAGCUACCGUGCAGCACCAGGAGACUGCCAGUUUGCCUCCGCCGCAGGCCCAGCAGCUACUGAACGACGUAAUCGUAAUAUCCGACGUGAACAAGAAUGCGACGUCUGCAUCAAGUGGAGGACACGUCGCCCCGCGCUGGGUAGUUCCAGCGGGAGGUGCUGGUCCAAGUGCUGCGGCAGGAGCAGGUUUUGUUUCUCCAGGAGCAGCUCCUCCUGCAGCCACACACAACUCAACAGCUGGAGGUGGUCAUGCUCUAUCGAGCACUGCGGUACCGUACCAGUUUCAGCAGCAGCAGAUGACGCACCAAGUCGUGCCACUACCUUUACGGGCCAGAUCGUCCAGCAUCACGAAUUCGACAGGCCAACAAGUCAACAUCCUCGGUUCAUCCUGGAGCUCACAGGCAUUAGCUGCGGCUCCCCAAAAAAUCUACUACCGUCCGCCGCCGAGGGUAUUCGUUUCGCCCUCUCCGCCCCUGAUCACCCGUUCGCCUUCUUUUUCCUCGAUGAACCCUGCUGGCACGAGUUUCGUGCCAACUACGGCGACAGCGCCUGUUCCCGCAGCAUCGGCUGCGGUUGUGGUGCAGGGUCAGGUGGGGGAGCAGCCAAAAAUAACCGCAUCUUCGACUGAGCAGCUGCAGCAGACCUUGAAUUUAUCUGCAUCGACAACUUCGAACGUGAGCCUCGGUAGAAGUGGACGCGUUGUCGUGCACCGGGUUUUGUCUUCGCCGCCGCCUCCGGUUAAGCCACCUGCUGCGCAGGUGAUUAGCAAACAAUCACCGCCUCCAGCAAGCGACGGCCGCGCCCCACUACCGGCAGAUCAAGCUUCUGUAGGAGACCAGCACCAACAAAGUGUCGCACGACCUCACAGCUACGCGCCACCACCCAUCGGAAACAUCCGCGGCGUGCCCCUUGCCAGCGCUUUUCAGCCACCGCCUAAGACAAUGAUUGUGCGAAACCCCAGCGGCACUCGGUUGCUUUCUACAUCCCCCUCUCCUUUGCGGUUUGCUGCACCAGGUGCGAUUCAGCGGUCUUUAUCGGCAUCGCUCGGGAAUUCCUUUGCCGGCUCCCAGCAAGGUGAUACAGCCUCUCUCUCUGCUAUCGACUCAUUUUUCAUGAUGUAAGUAGAUCGAGAUCGUUACGUUACGAACAGUCAUCAAAUGAUUUUGCAUUACGUGGUGCAAGUAUCUUCAAAAAAUCAAAAUAAAAAUGGUUUCAGGUGGUCACGUCUUUGUUGCCGAGCAGACGUCGUCCGCUGCCGCACCUUCGGAGCCCCCUACGUCUGCACUCGACGCGACAUCGCAAACAGCCUUGCACCUGUCUGGAGAUGGUGUAUUGGAGAAGCAGUUGCGCACGGAGAACGAACAACUGAGACUGCACGCACAACAGCUGGCCGCAGAGACUAAAGCACAGGAGCAAAGGAUCAGGCAGCUAGAGCAGCGAGGACGAUUUGUCAAGAAGUGA